GCCUGCGCCUCGUUGCUGGCCCUCGUCUUCUGCCUGGGCUCCUACGGCAACCUCAUCGUCUUCUUGUCCUUCUUCGACCCGGCCCUCAGGAAAUUCAGGACCGACUUCGACUUCAUGAUCCUCAACCUCUCCUUCUGCGACCUGUUCAUCUGCGGAGUGGCCGCUCCCAUGUUCGCCUUCGUCCUCUUCUUCGACUCGGCCCGAGGCGUGCCGGCCGCCUUCUGCUUUGCCUUCCACCUCACCAGCUCCGGCUUCAUCAUCAUGUCUCUGAAGACGGUGGCGGUGAUCGCCCUGCACCGCCUGCGCAUGGUGCUGGGCAAGCAGCCGCACCGCGCUGCACCUUUCCCCUGCACGCUGCUGCUCACCGCGCUGCUCUGGGCCGCCAGCUUCACCCUGGCCACCAUGGCCACCUUGAGAACCCGCGGCUCCCGCCUCUGCCUGCCCAUGUCCAGCUUCGCCCGCGGGGACGGGAAGGUCAUCCUCUACCUCUACGUCACCGACUUCAUCUGCUGCGUGGCCGUGGUGUCCGUCUCCUACGUCAUGAUCGCCCAGGCCCUGCGGAGGAACGCGCAGGUGAGGAAGUGCCCGCCUGCGGUGGCCGUGGGCGCCUCCAGACCUCAGCCCUUCGUGGGGCCACCGGCUGCUGGGGCCGGGCAGAACGCCUUGCCCGCCCUGUACAGGAACCAGGGCUCCGGCAAGCCGCAGCACGGCCAGGCUCACGGCUACGCCAUGCACCUGGGCCAGCCGCCGGCUGCCGGCCGGCUGCAGCUCGUGCCAGCCGUCAACCUGUCCGCAGCCAAAGACUCCAGGGCGGUGGUGACAUGUGUCGUCAUCGUGCUUUCUGUCUUGGUGUGCUGCCUGCCCCUGGGCAUCUCUUUGGUGCAGGACAUGCUGUCUGGCAGCGGCGGCUUUGUGCUCUAUCAGUUUGAGCUGUGUGGAUUUACUCUCAUUUUUUUCAAAUCCGGAUUAAACCCUUUUAUAUAUUCCCGCAACAGCGCCGGACUUCGGAGACGAGCCCUGUGGUGCCUGCAGUACCUAUCCCUUGUCUUUUUCUGCUGCAAGCAGAAGACGAGGCUUCGAGCCAUGGGCAAAGGCAGCCUGGAAGUCAACAGGAACAAGUCGUCCCACCAUGAGACCAAUUCAGCGUACGUGUUGUCUCCUAAGCCUCAGAAAAAGUUUGUGGACCAAGCCUGCGGUCCCAGUCAUUCCAAGGAGAGCGUGCUGAGUCCCAAGGCGUCCUACGGACAUCAGCAUUAUGGACAGAGCAGCUCAACCCCCAUGAACACUCGCAUUGAGCCCUAUUACAGUAUCUACAACAGCAGCCCUUCCCAGGAAGCGAGCACCCCAAACAGCUUACAGCCGGUGAACUCAACUUUUGGAUUCACCAAAUCCUACAUUGCCAUGCACUACCACACCACCACCGACCUGGUGCGAGACUGUGACAGCCCUUCGGCCAAGCCGAUACCCGUACCCUCAGUGUAACCUUGGGAAAGCAGGUCUGAUAGCUCAUUUAGGGGAUGCCUGUCACUGUUUGAGUUCUAAACUCAAUGGUAUUGCUGUACUGCUGCCAACUUAAAAAAA